AUGGCCUCAUCAUCAUCCUCGUCUGCACCAAAUCCAGCCAUGGCGGCCGAUAAACAAAUCAUCCAAACAGGUCCCAACCACCACACCCAGACCCAGCACCCUCCUCUCCAGUGCCCCCGCUGCAAUUCCUCCAAUACCAAAUUCUGCUACUACAACAACUACAGCCUCUCCCAGCCCAGACACUUCUGCAAGGCCUGCAAGCGCUACUGGACCCGCGGCGGCACCCUCCGGAACGUCCCCGUCGGCGGCGGAUGCCGCCGGAACAAACGCCUCAAGCGGCCGCCGCCGGACGGACCUCCCUCAGCCGCCCAACCGACGCCUUCAAACCCUAACAAGGUAAAUAGUAUAAACAAUAAUAAUCCGUCCCCACCUUCGGAUCGACCGACCCAUAAUCCCUUGAUCUACGGUCUCCGGACGGGCAAUAACCUCCUCGACCCGCUUAAUUUUCCCUUCUCCGGCCUGGGAUCGACUAGGGUUUGCGAUGAGAAUCCUGGAUUUGAUUUUCGGCCUCAGGCGAAUGGGUUUGGGCUAGGGUUUUCAUCUGGGCUUGUUAAUGGGCCGCCGUUGGGUUCCAGCCCACCACCGCCUUUCUCUUCGACUGCUGGCAACAGCUCGAUGCUUUUCGGAUCGCCAACAGUCGCGUCCUUGCUUUCUUCCACCAUACAGCAGCAGAGAUUCGGAGCUCAAAUGUUGCCUUAUGAGAGAAUACAAAUGAUGAGUCAUCGUGAAAAUGAAGUUACUGGUAAUAAAGAUGUGAAGGUGGAAGGGGGAAACGGGUUUGGGUUGGGGAACCCGAAUCCAAUGGAUCAGGUGAACGGGUCGGAUCCUUCUUCUCUUUUGUGGGGCACGACGAAUCUUGGUGCUUGGUUUGACCCCUCAAACUCAACCAUGGGUUCUUCUUCGGUUUCCUCUUUGAUCUAG